AUAAGAAUAAGCACAUCCGAAGAGAGGUUUCAAAGAGAAGCAGAAACAUUUUGUCCUCAUAAUCUCCCUAGCCUGGGUUUCCCAGGAGUCACCCCACUUGGGGCAGAAGGAAAAUGGCAGAGUUAAAGUACAUUUCUGGAUUUGGGAACGAAUGUGCUUCUGAGGACCCUCGCUGUCCAGGUUCCCUGCCAGAAGGACAGAAUAACCCUCAGAUCUGCCCCUAUAACCUCUAUGCUGAGCAACUCUCGGGAUCGGCAUUCACUUGUCCACGGAGCACCAACAAGAGAAGCUGGCUGUACAGGAUCCUACCUUCAGUCUCUCACAAGCCCUUUGAGUCCAUGGACCAAGGCCACGUCACUAACAACUGGGAUGAAGUUGAUCCUGAUCCUAACCAGCUUAGAUGGAAACCAUUUGAGAUUCCAAAAGCUUCUCAGAAGAAAGUGGACUUUGUGAGUGGUCUGCACACCUUGUGUGGAGCCGGUGACAUUAGGUCUAACCAUGGGCUUGCUGUCCAUAUUUUCCUGUGCAACUCCUCCAUGGAGGAUAGAUGCUUUUACAAUUCAGAUGGAGACUUCCUGAUUGUUCCCCAGAAAGGGAAGCUUCUCAUUUACACCGAGUUUGGCAAGAUGCUUGUACAGCCCAGCGAGAUCUGCGUCAUUCAGAGAGGAAUGCGAUUCAGCAUUGAUGUCUUUGAGGAGACCAGGGGCUACAUCCUGGAGGUCUACGGUGUCCACUUCGAACUGCCUGACUUGGGACCCAUUGGAGCAAAUGGCUUGGCCAAUCCUCGGGACUUCUUGAUACCUGUUGCCUGGUAUGAAGAUCGUCAAGUGCUGGGUGGUUAUACUGUGAUUAAUAAAUACCAGGGCAAGCUGUUUGCUGCCAAACAGGAUGUCUCACCAUUCAAUGUUGUGGCCUGGCAUGGGAACUAUACGCCGUACAAGUACAGCCUGGAGAACUUCAUGGUCAUCAACGCAGUGGCCUUUGACCAUGCCGACCCGUCCAUCUUCACAGUGCUGACUGCCAAGUCUGUCCGCCCUGGAGUGGCCAUUGCUGACUUUGUCAUCUUCCCACCUCGAUGGGGCGUUGCAGACAAGACCUUCAGGCCUCCUUACUACCACAGGAACUGCAUGAGUGAAUUCAUGGGGCUCAUUAAAGGUCACUAUGAGGCAAAGCAGGGUGGAUUUCUGCCUGGGGGAGGCAGCCUGCACAGUGCCAUGACCCCUCAUGGGCCCGACGUAGACUGCUUUGAGAAGGCCAGCAAGGCCAAACUGGCACCCGAGAGGAUUGCUGACGGCACGAUGGCAUUUAUGUUUGAAUCUUCCCUGAGUUUGGCUGUCACCAAGUGGGGACUCAAGACCUGUAGUUGUCUGGAUGAGAAGUACUACCAGUGCUGGGAGCCGCUCAAGAGCCACUUCACCCCCAAUAACAGGGAUCCCACAGGAGCUAAUUGAGAUGGGAGCCUUGCUACUGUAGUUGAGAAUGGAAAGCAAGGCAUGGUGGGGCACGUCUACAGUCCCAGCACUGGGGAGACAGGAGGAUCAGGAGCUUAAGACCAGCCGCAGCUACACAGCAACUUGGAGGCCAGUCUGGAACCACAUGAACCACUGUCAUGAAAACAAAACAGAACAAAAAACCCUCAGAAGAGAAUGGAUCUGCACCAUUUCCUUGAAAAUCUUAUACCCUCUGGUGUGGUAUGCAGGAGAAGGGAGGCUGGUUAAGAUGAGAGCUUGCUUUUCAAUCAAAUAACCCAGGACAUUUGUGGAAAUGUGUUGGGAAAUUUCUUAAUUGCUUGAAGCUUAACUAUUCAAUAAAUACGUAGUCUGUGAAAGUGGCAAA